AUGUCACAAAAAAAUGGCGACUGAGAACCCGUUAAUUUCUAAAACCGUUCUGUAUGCUGGAGAAGGAGAAAUACCUGUAUUUGAAAGUGGAUCCAAGGUAAACUCAGCUAAAAGACACAAAUAUUCGUUAUAUGUUUGAUCACAACAUAAGUAAAAGUCGAGCAAGAUCGUAAAUUCUGGGUUUUUCACUGUGAAAGAACCGAUGAAGUUUUUCCUUGUUUUGUAAAAGCUUUAAUUUUUUAGGCUUUUUAUUUAAGCUAAGUUGAAUUUUUAGUUUUCUUUGUUUUACGUCGCUCUUGAUUGUUGAGGAUUUUUUCCCUAAGGGCCUAAAUUCUUUGCCAAGUCUGCUUGAUUUUCUUACAGUACUCUAUUCAGGACUACGUUCACCCGGACGAUCAAACCUUUCACAGUUUUAGUACUCUCUAGCUACAGUAAAAUCCAGUUCAAGGUAUUUUUUAUCGUUAUGAAAUUAGGUAAAAGUGAAGAAGAGCUCCCCUAAAGUCUGUCAGCCGACAGUUUUUCGAAGGAGCUGUUUUUUUUUUUUUUACUGUUUCCUAAUUAUGCAUCUGUUUCGGGACUUUUACAAGUGGGCCGGGUUGUUCAAAGCUGGGUUAAGAUAACCCAGGGUUAGUAUAAAAUUUGAAUUCAAAUAUGAAAGCUUGUAAAGUAAAUUCAGUUUCAUUCUUUUUGACAACAAGUUGAUGAUUCGACACUCUAUGAACGUCAGAGAAAAUUGUCUGAGAAAAUGCUUUUGAACAAAAGAAAAAGAAACCCGGGUUAAAUUUAACCCUGGGUUAAGCGCUAAUCUGCCUUUGAACAACUGGGCCCGGCUACUUUCAGAGGGUUGCUGCGUAGUGGAGGUUCAAUUGUAAAAAUAUCUCUGAUAAGAAACAUAUUUACGUUUUAUUUUAGGCUACCUUUCAUUUCAAGACUUUCAAAGCAGAUGAAGAUAAAACUCCUAUUGAUUGUAGUAAAGAGCUUGGACAGCCAUUCGAGCUUCUUAUUGGGAAGAAGUUCAAAUUAGAAGUGUGGGAGGAACUUAUAAAGACCAUGAGAGAAAAAGAAGUGGCUUGCUUUACAUGCAAUAAAUUGGUAUGAAGUUAUUAAGUGUUUAUUUCAUAUAAAUAUUCGUCCAAGAUUAAUAAUAAAUAAAUUGUUCAGGACUGUCACUAAGAUUUCAAGUUACCAUGUAUAUGCAAUUAGACGACAGGGAAUUGAGCAGCUAGGAAUUUCUCCUGGUUCCAUUUUCCUUUUGUUUCCUUUGAAAAUAGCCAAGCAUCAUGCUCAUAGUAUUGGGGGGAAUCCCCAGCCCUUAGUAAGAGCCCUGAUUGUUGGACAAAGGACAUGUAAUGUACAGGCAGCAAUACUGCUCAUCUAUUUUGGAUGUGCAGAGUUUGAGAAAGUAGAAAACAUGAGGAAAGAUAGGCACAAAAGGAAAGGGUUGAAGGAUGCAGACUUAUUAUUGCUUUUACAUCGGGAAAAAUACCUGGUCAUAUUAUGAGCUAUAAAAAUGUCACCACGUUUCUACCAACAGCAUAGCCUUAACCUUCAAAACAUAAACCACACACGGAUAACAAUCCCUUGAUUUGUUAUGAGAAGGGGUUAGAUGUUAAAAUGUCUGCUUCUAAAUGUUCUUAGCAUAAUAAAUUGACUUCAUCUAUUUAGUUGAUGAGAUAGAAUUUUUGUCUUUCACUUCCCCACUGUCACAGAACCACAGUUUCUUUUAAAAGUGAUCCCAUUCUUUAAAGUAGGAAUUGUUUGUUUUAGUGUUGUGGUGUAGGCUUACCUUGUCGUACACCGUAAAGUGACACCGUACUUUCUCUAAUGAGCUAAUGACUGGUAUUUUUAGCUUGUAGGAGGUUAUCCAAUUGUGUCCAAGAGCCUGCGCACUAUUGCUAAGAAGGCAAAAGGAGAGUUACCUGAGGAACAUAGCCAUCAUGAACAUUCAUGUAGCUUGUCAGCCAUGAAAUCCACAGGGUACCCAGACUUGGACGAAUUACUUGUCAAUGAACAGGAUCUUGUCUUCGAAAUAGAACUUUUGAAGUAUGAAAAGCCUGGUGAAUUCUUAAAAGAAACAUGGCAGAUGGAUGCCGAAGAAAAGUUGUCAAUUGUUCCUGGAUUAAAGAAGGCAGGGAAUAAACUAUUCGAAGAGAAAAAGUACAAAGAGGCAGCAGAAAAAUAUGCAGAGGCAUUGGGUUGUCUUGAGCAGUUAUGUCUGCGAGAAAAACCAGGUGAUGAACCCUGGUUAAAUCUUGAUCGAAUGAAGAUUCCUUUUUUGCUUAACUUUGCACAGUGCAAGUUAUUUCUUGGUGAUUAUUAUGAAGUUAUUGAGCACACAUCGACAGUUCUUGAAAAAGAUAAGGAUAAUGUCAAGGCUUUGUUUAGACGUGCAAAGGCUCAUGUGAAAUGCUGGAACCCUCAAGAGGCUAAGGAUGAUUUCAAUAGGGUUGUAGUUUUGGACACAUCACUAGCAAAAGCUGUCAAGAAAGAACUUGAGGAGCUAGAAAGACUCAGUAGAGAGCAUAAUGCCCAGGACAGAGUGAGGUUAAAAGCGCUUUUUAAGUAAUGUGUUUAAGGUGUAGAGAGUUGAGUAAAGAGUAAAAUCUGCAGUGGCAAUGGCAAGAUUAUUGUUUGAAGAUGAAAGCAGUGAAGAAUGUGAUAAACUGACAGCUUUUGGGACCACUCUCCCUUCAUCAGUGAAAUAGACCCUUUUUCAGCUUAACACAAAUGAUACAAAAACACCUUGCAGGAGAGCUAACAAUGCAGUGGGACCCUGAAAGAAAGGAAAUUAGCUUUUUAAAUCAUGUAAUCAUGUUGUUUUUCUUGUCCCACUGCAUCUCACAUUCUCCAGGAAGGUG